AUGGAAGAUAUGGAGAACAAAAUUGCUGAUAGAGUCAAAGAUGCAGUGGAUGAGCGUCUGAAAGUUCUGGGUUUAUCGGAAAGUGCCCAAAACUAUGUUCCCAGUCCAAAACCGCGACAUUUACCAGGGCAAAAGUCAGUUAAUAGUCNAACGGUACCUAAUACGGUAUCUGAGACCCCUGAUAAUGUUGCGAGGGCGAAAACCACAUCGGUUGAGGAGCUUGCUAAGGCCGAAAGCCGAACUCCGUAG